AUCCGAAAUCGAAAUUCAAGAACAAUAGAAACUGAAAUGAUGGAGGCAAUCGACGGGAAGGAGAAGGUGACGAUUCGAGACGUCAGCCACGACGAGGAAGGGAUAAAGCUAAUCGAGAAGACGAAGAUCGACUCUCGCAACAUCGACACCAUUAAGUACGUCGAGAGGAAGCUCAUUGACAAGGGAUUCCAGCGUCUUGAACGCCAGCCGGUUCAGCCGCCGCCCAAGUCCGGCCAUGGCGGCAAGUUCACUUGGGAAGGACCCCGUGAUUCCAUUCAGAACGAGCUCUCCCCUGCUCCGGCUGCCAUUGAUGAGAACGAUCCGAACUAUGUGGAUGAAGUGAAGGAGGAGGAGGAGGUCGCCGGAUUGGUGGUCGGUGAAGUGGAGGUGGCGAAGGCGGCGGAGGUCAGGGAGGGGGUUGCGAGAGUGGAGGUGGAUCCUCGGCUUCAACUGCAGUGAAAUUGAGGGAGAAGCGUUGGGUUGUUUCUGUAAUUACGUCUUAGUUUGGGUCUUUUUAUGUUAAAAAAAAUAAAUAAUAAAGAGCUCUGUUUUACUU